AUGCAAAAUCUUGGUAGAUUUUUAAAAUCUGACAAAGAUGAAAAGACUGACGAAGUUACUAGAUCUACAUUACCAACUUCACAAUUACCAUCAUCUAAACCACCCAAACCACCACCUAAACCAUACAAAAAGGAUGAUGAUAUUGCCUUAACAAUCGCUGUACGAAAAUCUGGAUCAUUUCAGACAAUCAAUUCAUCUUCUGGUAUUAGAUCUGUAAAGCGUAAUACUCUCAAACCAGUCAAAAUUCCAAAGUAUCCAUAUGGCACUAGAAUACCCGAAAGAAAUACUCUUUCACCUGCAAAUUCACUUAAAAAGAAACAGGCAAAAGAUAAAUCUUUCUUAAAAUAUCAAAAUCAUAAUUUACCAGAAUACGCUACCAAUAAAUCAAAAAUGUCUGUUCUUGUUCCUCAUAAUCUAUCUUCAACUGAAUACGGGAAGAUCAAUAAAUCAUUGCCAGACCUUACCGUUAAACAUCGUCAUGAUAAGUUCAAUAAAGUUUUUCGUAAAAAUAACAUGACUGUACCAGAUUUAACACGCCUCGAUACUUUUUCAAACGAUGAAAAGAAACCAGAUUUUACCAUGGCAAUAAUGACAGAUGCUGUGUUAGAUCCUGCAAAGAUCACAAAGUUUAGUAUAAAUCCUUUUGAUGAAUCAGAGUCGAAUCAACUAUUUAAACCUGGUGCUCCGUGGAUUCAUUUGCCUCAUCUCAACGAAUUCAUAAAGUCAUUACCAGUAACUAAAUUUUCAUCUCCAAAAGAUUUAAUGACAACUGAAGAAUAUGAGAAAUUUAUUGAGAAGGUUAAAAAAGGAAAGAAAGUUGAUAACUCCAUUUUUCCUCCAAUGAAUCAAAUUCCAGAAGAUGUUACCCUAGAUGAUCUCAAAAACAAUACCAAAAAAUCAAAUAAAUUUAUUAAUCAGGGCCUGCAAAACGAUAUUAUAAGUAAUGCAAUUGAUGGCAUUCUCACCAUUGAAGGAUUCUCACUCGGAUCAAAUAUUAUGAGAUUUGAAAUUGUAAGAGAUUUCAUACAAUUUUUGGCAUUGGCUUUAUCAUUUACAAAUUCUGGAGUUUUGAGUGGCUGGUUACGUGGCCUGCAAAACGAUAUUAUAAGUAAUGCAAUUGAUGGCAUUCUCACCAUUGAAGGAUUCUCACUCGGAUCAAAUAUUAUGAGAUUUGAAAUUGUAAGAGAUUUCAUACAAUUUUUGGCAUUGGCUUUAUCAUUUACAAAUUCUGGAGUUUUGAGUGGCUGGUUACGUGUAAUUUUGAGCAUUAUACCUAAUUUGUUUGGCUUGAAUUUAUCUUUCGUGUUUGGUUACGGUUAUGCUUUCUUUUUAGUAUUUUGUGUUCUUACUUUUGUGGGUUUGUAUUGGUUCAAGCUAAUGACAAAAUAUGAUCCAAAUGCUGAUGUUGAGGGUCUGGAAUCAAGUCCUUGGAAUCUUAGACCAGAAUCUAAAAAACGUCAUAAUAUCGCAAUGAUAUUUCUUCUUACAACAUUGUACUUGCCUGUUUCUAAAUUGUCUAUUGAUGCAUUAGUCUGGGCCGAUACAUUCUGGGUUAUUCCAAAUCCAUAUUUAAAUUCAGAUGAUCCGGUUUUUGAAGACGUAGUGAGUAAUGGUGAUUCACUUCGUGAUUUAAAAGAUUUCUGUUAUGUUACUAGCAUGAAUAAAAAAGAUUUGAAUUUUUCACCAGUUAUAAUUGGUAUCGCACUGGUAACCAUUAGUUUUAUGACAUUUUGGUUCCCCGUUGCGCUCAAACGACUGGUUGAUAAGAAUGUUCCAAAAGUUGAUGCAUACACUGAAACGGGAGAAACAAGGAAAAACAAAGAUGAAGAAUUUAUAAAAUUAAUGGAUAAAGAUACAUGUCCUUACAAUUUUAUAUAUAAUGGAUAUAGUGAAAGAUGGACAAGUUAUAAAUCAUUUAUUAUGGCAAACAAAUUUUUUAGUUUAUUUUUAAUAUCUGUAAUCUCCAAAGAUAAUUGUCUUUUUCGAACUGUUGCGAGAACGAAUAUAGAGACUAUAAGACAAAGCUUGCAAAUAGUAUUGAUGGUUCUCUUGCUUUUGAUCCAUUGGAAAAGCGAGCCUUUUAUUUACCGUUCACAAAAUACGGGUGAAUAUUGGUCAAGGCUUAGUUAUGUGAUUACAACAGUCUUGGGAUUAUUUAAUAUCCUACAUAUUGGAUAUUUAACAACAAAUUAUAUUAUAAUUUUAGUUAUUGAUUGUAUAGUAACUUUAAUAGUUGUUUGGUAUGUUGUUAAGCAAACAAACAGAUUCCAAAGUUUCAUGAAAAUUAUGAAAAAGCAAUUAGAUUUUUCUUUGAACAUUUACAGUCCAAAAUUAGAUUUCUCAAAACACAUCAAAAGAAGAAUAUGGCAAGAGACAUGGACAACUUUACUUUUAACAGAUGAACAAUUUAAAAUGCCCGAGGGAAAACCUGUUGGAUUUUCUGAAAGUCCAUAUAGACCACCUUAUUUAUUAAAUUUUGGUGGUACUGUUGGAGAAAGACAUGCAGAAAAUUUGAAAAUCAUUAGACAAAUUGGUAUGAAAAAAUACGUUGAAUCAAUGGCACCAUUGCCAGCAUCAUUAAUAACGAUGAGAUCAAAAAUUUUUAAUCGUUUCGUUGGACCUGAUAUGUAUUAUUCACCAGAAUACAUGACAACCAAAAACAAAACAUGCUUUGGUAAGGCUUACGUAGUACCUUUUCCAUUUUCAGUAGUUAUGGUUUAUGAUGAAGAUGAGAAUGUCGUUGUGUUGACACAAGAAUGGGAAAUUAAAAGAUUUAUGCAACAAAAUGAAAGUAAAGAAAUUCAAAGACGUCGUUUAAUUAGACAAAAAAUUAGAGCUUUGGAGGGUAAAUUGAUUAUUGGACCAUGCCGUGAUAAGUCUGAUGUUUUUUCGCACGGUUCUGUUAAAAAUAUUCAAGAUAUGGAUUUCUUUGGAUUACCAGAUGUUCAUUAUCAUCGUGGUUUGUUAUCUAUUCAAAGAAAUCAAAGAACUAAAUGGCAGGAUCAUAAUAUGAACCCUGGAUUCAUUGUUACCAUUACUUAUACGAGUUCUAGUAGAUGGGAUACUGAUGAUGUGGUAAAACAACCUAUAAAGGAACGUAUUGUUGGGCAUGAUGUUAUAGGAAUUACUGAUGAUUUCCAGAUGACACCUCAAUUAGAAAAACUUUUUAAUGAUAACGAAGAUAUUCUUGAAACUAAUUUAGUUAGUGUUCAAAGUAUUAUGAAGAAAUAUCGAAAGUUUUAUCAUGAUGAGGCGAAAUGGAAAGAAGAUACACUUAGCUACGGAUUUUUUUUCAACGUUUAUGAUAAUCCCUCGAUACCACUAGAAGCAUUACCGGUAUUGUUGGUAUCAACCGAGAACAAUCAUCUCGUACAAUCUAUUCCUGAAAGUGACUACCCAAGUUUAGUUUAUUUGUAUGAACGUAUGAGAAUCGUUAAUUUAUCAAGAGUUCAUCAAUGGUGGUACUUGUUUUGGGAAGACUUAUGGAGAAAAAAUAAUAAAGAGAUACCACAUUUAUCUAAAAAUCCACGGGAUUUUUCACCUGCAUAUAGUGUUAGUAUAUGUUACAAGCCAAUGACAAGAUUAGAGCUGGAAGAAUUUUUGGAAAAAAGAGGGUGUUGGCAAAAUGGUGGCAAAAAAGGAUUUUUGCAUUCUGGUGUUUUAAAUAGGAUAUAUUUGUAUUUAAACAAUGUUGUAUUUCACGGAAAGUCUAAAAAAGGUGGCGAGCCUAAGAAAUGGAGUAUAAUGAAAGGGGAUACAAUUGAUGAUAAUGAUAGUGAUUACCAUUUAUUACAUAAUAGAGCUAAUAAAAAAUCAAUGAGAGAAAGAAUAUUAAUAAUGAAAGAUGUAAUGUUGAGAAGAAAAGAUAAUUUUCCAAAGACAAGACCUUUCUUUGUACUACAUGAAGAAGAAUCUCAGAGUGAUAGUGAUGGUGUUAACUCUGGAAGUGAUGAAGAAACAUGGUGGUAA